CAUAAUUUGAUCAUUUUUAUUUUCACACGUCCAAGUCCAAGUCCAAAAACUCUCUUAGGACAUGCCAGAGAUAUUGCGUUUGAUGGAUCUCACGGCCUCAUUCCUCAUGGCCGUUGUGUUUCUUGCAUCCCUGGUUAUGAUUGAUGCCGCACGUUCUCCAGUCGAAAAGCUCAACGAGGAUCCCAUUAAGUGCACACCUUGUAUCCAAAAUCCACCGCCUCCACCGUCUCCUCCUCCUCCUUCUUGUCCCUCGCCGCCUCCACCAUCUCCGCCACCUCCUUCUUCACCACCGCCUCCAAAAAUGUCCUACUGCCCACCGCCACCAAAGCAGGAGGUCUACUUUUCGCCGCCGCCGCCACCUCCCCCUCCACCGGGAGACUUGUACCCCGUUGACCAUGACUUCGGAGGAGCGGCUGCUGGAGAGAUGUUCACCACCGUUAAGCUGAUUGCGCUUCUAUUUAUCGGUUUCAUGGUUCUUUGAAAAUCAAGAGUGAUUCCUAGGAUUGUGGAAUAUCUCAAUUUUAUUGUUUUUAUUUAAUUUUAAUUUUGGAACUUUAGGAGGGGUUAUUGGUAGAAGAAUUCAAGAGGAGUUAUUAAAUUUUGAGAUUUCAUUGUUAUUGGUUUAUGGAUUUUAAAAAUUUAAUUAGAAUCCAUUGUUAUUGGGAUGAUGACUUUUAAAUUUCACUCAAAAUCUUUUGUUAUUGGAAAAGUUUAGUUUUCAUUGAUUUUAAGAUUCAAUUAAAAUCUAUUGUUAUUGGACUAUAAAUUCUCUUUGUUUUUACUCAUAAGACUAAACUUUGAGAAUAUUAUCUAUACCCAUAAGAUUUUUGAAAUCUAUGCAAUAAAAUACACUCGCAUACAAAAACACACAAAAUUGAACAAUGAAAUAAAACAAAUCACAAUUUUAACAUAAAAGUAGAAAACAAAUAUUAAAAUUUUAAUAAAAGUAAAAAAAAAUUAAAAUAGUUUUAAAAAGUAUUUUCGAAAUUCUAAAAGAAUUAAAAAAAAACAAUUUGAAAAAAAAAUCGAAAGCUUUUAUACAAAAAGUUCAAAUUUAAAACCAUAUAUUUUAAAAUUAUAAAAAAUAACUUUUAUUUAUCUAUCUAUAUAUUAAAAGGUACAAUGACAUUUUGUCUUUUUAAUAAUUGAAAUGAUUCUUUUUUCUUUUCUCCUAUUAUACCAUUAAUUUAUUACCUUAAAAGUUAAUAACAAUCAAUAGAAUUCUAUAUAUAAGUAAUGAAAAUCUAUAUAAGAAUAUUGGAUAAAAUUUGUCAAAUCUAGUUUACUUGUAAAAUCUUCUUAACUAUUGAAAUCAUCAAAUUCCAUUAAAAUUCAUGUUCCAAUAAUAGUCAAUUUUUUCAAAUGAAUAUUUGUUUCGGUUUAACGUAAGGGGAAUGUUAUAGCUAGCUGCUUAUAUCAUCUCUUUAGUUACUCUCAUGAUAACUGAUGGUUGAAUUGAUUUAAAUUUACAGUUAGGAUCCAAUCAUGUUCCCAUCGUUGUUAUUUGCAUACAAAUGUUAAUAGUAUAAUGAAUUGUAGUUAAGUAUUGUAACAAUUAAAUUCUACUGCCAUACAAACGACUUAAAUAGUGUCUCCAUAACAGUUAACAUCAUUGGAGUGCAUAUGGUGCCUGUGGAGAAUCUCAACUAAUAUUUUCAUGAUACAAUACAACAAACAAAUAGAAAGUGAGUUUGGAUUCCACAAGUUUUAGUUAUAAUUAGCUUAUGUAGACGAAGUCUCAGAUUAUAAAGAUGAAUAGUGUAAUCCCACUGCCUCUAUUCACCAUCAUCUGAGAUAUUAUGUCUAUAUUUUGCGUUUGCUUGUUAUGGGGUUCAAGUUAAAUAAUUUACACCUGAAUUAACUUAAUAUCUCAAUAUUUGCCUAGUUAGAUACAAUAUAACAAGCUAGCACACUUGGACUUGCCUAGUACAUUGGACCACACAAGAUUCAAGAAACUUGGAUUGGUGAUUUUAAUUAUGAAAUUUGAUUAAUAACAAAGUCAUUAUGUUAUUUUGUUCGUAUGUUUAACAUUGGACCACACCUGAGUUAACAUUAUGUUUAAUCUGUUUUCGACAGUGCAGUUUUUAUCUUGUUCGUAUGUUCUAAAUCGUCGACUACAUCACUUCUCUCUAUGUCAACGGUAACAUAAUAACAUUACCGCAAGUCCGAGAGAGUUCUAAUGCAAUUCUUGAAGAAUUGAUGAGAUUCAUGAAGACUUUCAAGAAUUGCCUUUGCUGUUGGGUUGUAUCUCCCAUCUUGUUCAAAGACCUCUAGCUCCUUAGUGAUAAAAAAAAAA